UGAAUCGUGACGAUCAAGCGGCUCGAUCGCAGUCUCGAUCCAUCGUUGGUGCCGUGCGGAGUUUAGGUCCCGUCUACGAAGCUUUGGCUGUGAUCCCCGGUUGUGUGGAGCAAAAUGGUCUCUCUGAAUAUAUAUCUGCUACUGUUGGCUGGAAUUCACCUAACUCUGGCUGCUCCAAGUCGUGAUCGUCGACGCCAGGAAACUACUACAGGUUGUCCAAAAAAUUCAUCCGAACUAAAUGAAUGCGUCGGUACUUCGAUACAGUACUUCGUCAACUUCAUGGCUAGCGGGAAGCUGUCGCCGAAAGUAGCGAUCACUCCGUUCGACCCGCUUCUUCUCCCGAAUAUGACGAUCAGUCAUCAGGCGAAAGAAUUCAAAGCCAUUUACGUUAACCGCUAUUUGGUGGGACUUAAAAACAGUUUUAUUUACGAUACGAGCGUCGAUUUGGACAAAUUGGAGCUAAGCAUGACUUUCCUGAUGCCUGCUCUGGAGUUGUUAGGCAUGUAUUCCGGCGAAUCUCUGGUAGACCAUGAAGGUUCCGAGAAUUCCAUCCUCACAAUUUCAGUGCGAAGCUCAACGGCGAAAUUUCGCGUGAAAGGUGAACUGUACAAAUCCCCCGAGCAUCUGGAGUACCUUCGGAUUUCCGGUGUCGACGUAGAACUAAGCAUGGGUCCGUACGUGAUAAACGAUCUGGACCACAGUACGCACAUUCCCCGCGUGAAUCGGCACUUGAACGACAUUUCACGGCCCGAGUUCGUUAAGCUAAUCGAAAAAGACCUUCGGGUACAACUCAGUUCCCGGUUACAGCACAUCGCUAACGAAGUGCUAGCACUAGCGCCUUACGAAAAGCUGUUCCCUGUAUGAAAAAAAAAACGCCAACCUCAUAAAUAAAACGCAAAGAUCUUCACGC